ACUAGACAUGUUCCUCAGAAUACCGUCUUGUGGAUUCUGCUUUCAAGGUUUGAGGAGGAAUCAGGUAAUAUGACAAAGGCUCGGUCAAUUCUCGAGAAAGGACGUUCAAAGAACCCUAAAGAGCCCAGUCUUUGGUUGGAGUCAAUUAGAUUGGAGAUACGAGCCAAUCUGAAACCAAUGGCUGAUUCUCUCCUUUUCAAAGCUCUUCAAGAAUGUCCAGACUCGGGCUGUCUUUGGGCCGAGGCUAUACUCAUGUCUGCUCGGCCGCAACGCAAAAUGAAAUCAGUGGAUGCUCUAAAGAAAUGCGAAUAUGACAACAUGGUCCUUUUGGCUGUUGCAAAAAUGUACUGGGUGGAAGGAUUGAUUUCGAAGGCUCGUAUUUGGUUCAUGCGUACUGUGAAGCUGGAAUCAGAUCUUGGCGACGCUUGGGCUUACUUCUAUAAAUUUGAAAAGCUUCAUGGAACUGAGCUUCAGCAGAAAGAAGUGUUGAGCCAAUGUGUUGCAGCUGAACCGCGCUAUGGGGAGGCAUGGUGUAGAGUGAGCAAGGAUGUUCGCAAUUGGAGACUGCGCUCUGCUGACCUACUACCGAUGGUGGCCGAUUCUCUUCCUAUUCCAUCCUGA